AUGACCAUGUAUUGGGAACGCGAGGCACACCUCUUCGAAGGACUUUCUCCCGCGGAGAUUGCGGACAUCGAGCAACACUACUCCGAAACCAUGGUUAGGAUCCAGUUCUCUAUGAAUCCGUCGUUCCAGCAGCCUGACAACCCACUCAGCAACGUAAACUUCCGGAAAGAAAUCGAGACCAUCUGCGAGGAACGUUUCGGUCUCACCUUCCACGGCGGGAUCAGUGAACACGGUCAGCAGCCCCUUAGAACCCCCAUACAGCGCACUGCCUUGGCCUGGGCAGCCCCACGACGGGGAUACCUCUUCCUGGGGGACAUAUUCGUCGUUAUGCUUUACCAAUAUGCUGGAGUCCUCAGCAACGGGCUAUCAUACCACCAGCUGGAAUACCGCAACCGGUCUAAACUCGCUCCUGCUGACAUCCUGUGUGCCCUCCGCGCCCUUGGGGACACCGAUGCCAUCGUACAGAACUACUCACGUAUGUCCGGAGCCCACGGUCCACGGGACCACUGGGCGGCCAUUGGGUGUGUUAACUGGCCCACAGAGGGCAACUACCGCUUCCGCCUUGUCAUCCUCAGCCAAAUCAUGGCCGAAACAGUCUACGCCAACUACCGCCUACAUGCGGCUGGAACAAACCGCCUGGACCACGUUCCUCCUUCCAUGAAGCUACACCCACUGCGUGACCUCAGCUGGGACAACCCCUCCUCCACUUUCUUCCACCCCUUAGCCGUCAGUGCAACCAAACUUGUGGCCACCAAAGUUCGAAUUGGCCCUCUCCCUACCAUUACCACCCCCGAGGAUAUCCUGGCGGCACUGCAUGGCUCCCAGCUCCUCUCCCCUGAUGUGGACAUCAUCGACAACUAUGCAACCCUCACGUUUGACUCCCCCUCCCCGGCAGCCUUCCUAUGGUAUGCCUCAGGCCCACAUGGGACCACCCGCCUCUACGUACGCAAUAUAGCCAUCCAGCUUCACGUACUCAUGGGACGCUCACGUACCACGGCGGUGGCAAAGCAAUGUCCCGACUGUGGUCGCCUUGACCACCAGGGCAAACCAUGCGACCGCUUCACCUACCUUGAUCCCCGCGACCGUGCACGCAGCAAAUCGCGACAUAAACCCACUACCCGUGGCGCCAUGAGUCCGGGAGCACGAUCACGCAGUAAGAGUGUGCACACUCGAGCAGGCCGCUCUGUCUCUCAACACUCCACCACGGUCAGCCACACACCCCAAUCCUGGCAAUACCCCCCUCAACAAUUACCGUUGUACGCACCAGCCCCGACCGCGGACCUCGUCCCACACCUCCGACGGGAACUCUCCACAUAUGUGGACCACCGUAUCGUCCAGGCCACAGCCCCACUCCAGCAGGAAGUAGAUACCCUCCGAGUGGAUAAGGAGGCCCUCACAGCCUUAGUUUCGGCCACCAGUGCCGCCUUCACCAGUCUCGAUGCGCGACUCCUAGAAGUAUGUGAGGCCGCCGAACACCAACAAUCCGAGGACCAACGCACGUUGACGGAGGCGCAAAAUCGCCUGGAAACCACCAUCACACAACAGGGCACUCACCAAGCGGCAAUGGCCGAACGCCUUCCCAUCAUCGAAUCCAGUCUACGCACCCUUAUGCAAGCCAUGCAGAGUGUCUCCACCCAACUCACUGGCCUCGCCGCCCUUGGCACCCCUGUGGCCCAACUACCAGCCGCGUACCCCACCCAGCCUACGCUGAAGCUCUCUGCCCCCACACCCGAUGGUUCCGUCCCACCGAACCAACCAGCCGGAUCCGAUGACUCCAUGGGGACAGACCCAAAUGACACCAUGGGGUCAAACUAA